AUGACAACCCUAGAAUCCCUCAAAACACCCAUCGCCAUCCGCCCAGACCUAAUCGCAAUCUCUCCAACCACCCUCAUCGUCCACCCACACAGCAUAAGCUUCUCCGGAAGCGACUUCACCAUCUCAGUCCUACCCAAUUCCGAAGCUGAAACACCCUCAUCCGCAGCAACCACCGAACCAACCAAAAUAUUCUUCGUCGACGGAAAAACCUUCUCCUGGAGCCAUAAGAUGAGCUUCCUCGACGCCUCCGGUCCAGCCUUCGAACUCCAUCGCAAAAAGGCCGGGGUGACGUGGUUUGUUAGUUUGCCAAACACAAACGAUAAGAGUAUAGCUACGAUUGCGCCGCAGGGACAUCUGUUGAAGGAUAAGUUGGAUGUUUAUAUUCAGAAUGUGGCGGAUCAGGGUGCGGAGGUUAAGCUUGAGGUGAGAGGGAAUGAUAUUUGGAAGUAUAGGACUAGUGUGUUUUAUGGGGGGUCGCUUGUGAUGACUGUGAAGGUCAAGCGGUAUUAUCUUGUUUAUGUUGGGAUGGGUAAACGGCCUGAGUGGGAGGUGAAUGUUGCACAAGGUUUUGAUCUGUCGCUGGCUUCUAUUAUUGCGGUUCUCCUGGUCCAUGUGCUAUACAAGCCCAGCUAUCAAUCAUCUUACAAGCGGGCGGAUGUCCGAGAGAGGUAG